AUGGAAUCCUCAAGCUGGUAUGAGCUACUCACUGGCGACUGGCUCAGUCGACCAAUGCGAGCAGUAUUAGCCUGCGUUCUCACUGUGCCUCUCGUCCUCUGGCCUCGAAACAAAUUCCAAGAGGGCAAUCCUCGCCUCUUUGCUUUGUUUGUUUAUUUACUUCAUUUUGCGACCAUCCCCUGGCUGUAUCUGGUAACAGAACUGGUCCCUGAACCCUACCUGGACGAGGUGUUCCAUAUACCUCAAGCACAAAAAUACUGCCAGGGCAAGUUUCUGGAAUGGGAUGACAAGAUCACGACACCCCCAGGCCUAUACCUUUCCUCAUUAAUUACCCCUGGUGUAGUCCAGCGCAAUGGGUACCUCGACUAUGCUUGCAGUGUGCAGAACCUGCGGGCCUUCAAUGUCUUUGCUCUGGCCGUCCUAGCCUACUUGGCUUUGCAGUGUCGCCGUGAGAUCGAGGCACGCCUCUAUGAAGCUCAUUUCUCAGGCAAGCUACGCAUCACUUCGCAGUACGCACUACACACUGCCUUCAACAUUGUCUUGUUCCCACUGCUCUUCUUCUUCUCUGGGCUGUAUUAUACCGAUGUUGCAUCUACUGCAGCCGUUCUGGCCGCCUUUUUGAAUCACCUAAAGCGCAUGGGAAGAGGUCAGAGCUCAAUUCUGAGUGAUCUUACAACGAUUCUACUUGGUGUCUUCACACUAUUCUUCCGCCAAACCAAUGUCUUCUGGGUGGUAGUCUUCAUGGGCGGGUUGGAAGCUGUCCAUGCUAUCAAGACGUUGAGACUUGAACAUGUUGACCCACCAGUCAUCUUCACACUUUCUGAGCAGCUCAAACAUUACGCUUGGAGGUAUUCUCUCGGAGAUGUCCAUGAUCCCCCACUACACAUGAUGUGGCCCGAUGAUAUGAUAUUUUGUGUCCUAAGUCUAGGCAUCGCAGCCGUCUGCAACCCAGUUCGUGUUCUUCGACAAAUAUGGCCUUAUAUCACUACACUUGUGAUGUUUGCGGUCUUCGUUGCCUGGAAUGGCGGUGUUGUGCUUGGCGACAAAUCCAACCAUGUCGCGACUAUUCAUCUUCCACAGAUGCUCUAUAUCUGGCCUUUCUUUGCAUUCUUCUCCCUUCCACUUCUCAUCCCAUACGCUUUCUGGUUCAUCAACUUGAUACUUUUCUUUCUUCCUACUGGAGCUUCGAAACCAGCUCCUAGGACACCUCCUGAAACAGACCAAUCAUUCAAUCCGUCUCGCUGGUUAUACAGCAAGUCUUCGUCCAGGAAGUCUAGCAAAAAGGAGUCUAGCUCCGAGAAAGAUGAAGUUGUUGAUACGCCUAGUAGCAAAGCCCAAGAGGCAUCGAAGGAGCUACGAAUCUUCCAGCUCAUGUUCGGCUCCAAGAUCUUCCUGUGGCCCCUUUACCUCGUUGGAACUAUCAUACUCUCGAUAGCCAUCGUCCGCUACAAUACUAUCAUCCACCCAUUUACUCUGGCGGACAACCGCCAUUACAUGUUCUACGUCUUUCGAUACACUAUUCGGCGAGCUUCUUGGAUUCGAUACGCCUUGGUCGUUCCUUACACUUUGGCUCGCUGGAUGACCUGGGGCACAAUGGCUGGAUGUUGUUCGCAGUGGUUUAGGGUUUCUCAUGAACCAGCGUGCUCUACAUAUGCGAAGCACGAUGGUGACCGCCCCUUCUUGAGCCAUCCUGCCUCUACUUUCAGUGGUAUAAGAACACGGAAAACGACCCAAGAGCAGGACAUAGGUCAGGCUUUGGAGAAGGACCCUUUAAUGGCCUCUAUCGAACCAGCGACCAUCUCAACCGGCCUGAUUUUCUUGCUUGCGACGACUCUGUCGCUCAUGACAGCUCCCCUGGUCGAACCUCGUUACUUCAUCAUUCCCUGGGUGAUGUGGAGGUUGCUUGUACCUGCAUGGAGAUUCCAUGACCACAGCGGCUCUCGCGGGCUUUCUUCUAUCCUAGAAAAACACCCAAAGACCAGGCCGUUGAUCCUAUUCUUUCAGCGCUAUGACCUGCGUCUUAUACUCGAGACGCUUUGGUUUAUCGCGAUCAAUGCGGCGACGGGGUACAUUUUCCUCACUAAGCCCUACGUGUGGAAAGCCGAGAACGGCACAGUACUAGAUGGUGGCCGACUCCAGCGGUUUAUGUGGUAG